CAAACUCAUCACUCUUUUUCCCUAACAAUCAACUCUCUCUCUCUCUCUCUUUCUCUCUCUCAGAUCCAAAUUCAACACACCACCAUGGAACUUGAAGCUCCCCAACUUACCACAUGGCAAGGAUAUGUGGAUUGGAAGAACAAACCUGCUCUCAGAGGACGCCAUGGAGGCAUGCUUGCAGCCUCCUUUGUUCUGGUGGCUGAGAUAUUGGAGAAUCUGGCGUUUUUGGCGAAUGCCAGCAACUUGGUUCUGUACCUGAAACAACAUAUGCACAUGUCACCUUCAAAAUCUGCUAACAAUGUCACCAAUUUCAUGGGAACUGCUUUCCUUCUUGCCCUCCUUGGUGGUUUCUUAUCCGAUGCCUUUUUCACCACUUAUCGUGUCUACCUGAUAAGUGCAGUUAUUGAGUUCAUGGGUCUGAUUGUUCUGACCAUUCAAGCGCGUGAUCCUAUGUUAAAGCCACCAAAGUGUGACAGAGACAGUGAGUGUGAAGAAGUUAAUGGUGCGAAAGCAGCAAUGUUGUUUGUUGGGUUGUAUCUGGUGGCUUUGGGGGUUGGAGGGAUCAAAGGGUCACUACCAGCACAUGGUGGUGAGCAAUUUGAUGAAACCACCCCUUCUGGGAGGAAGCAAAGAUCAACUUUCUUCAACUACUUUAUCUUCUGCCUCUCAUGCGGUGCCCUCAUUGCAGUUACUUUUGUUGUGUGGAUUGAAGACAACAAAGGGUGGCAAUGGGGUUUUGCCAUUUCUACCAUCACCAUUUUUCUAUCUAUCCCAGUUUUUCUCUCUGGUUCACCCACUUACAAGAACAAGAUCCCUUCUGGAAGUCCACUCACAACAAUUUCAAAGGUUCUUCUUGCUGCUGUAGUGAAUAGCUGCACGUACAAAAAAAACUCUAGCAGUGCUGUUGUUAACAUGGCUUCUAGCCCUUCUAAUCCACACUCAGAGCAAGAAACUGUAAAGGCAAACACAACAACUGAAACCCCAACACAACACCUCAAAUUUCUCAACAAAGCAGUUACAAAUUCAUCACUGGAAUGCAGUGUGGAAGAAGUAGAAGAUGUGAAGGUAGUGUUGAAAGUACUACCCAUAUUUGCUUGUACAAUCAUUUUUAACUGUUGCCUGGCUCAGUUAUCAACAUUCUCUGUUGAACAAGCUGCAUCCAUGAACACAAAGCUUGGUUCCCUAAAGGUGCCACCUUCUUCAUUACCCUUUUUCCCAGUUGUGUUCAUCAUGAUCCUUGCACCAAUUUAUGACCACAUCAUCAUCCCCUACACAAGGAGAGCCACGAAAUCAGAAAUGGGGAUCACCCACCUUCAAAGGAUAGGGUUUGGGUUAGUACUCUCUAUAGUUGCCAUGGCAGUGGCUGCUCUUGUUGAAAUCAAAAGGAAAAGGGUAGCCACUGAGUCAGGGCAACUUGAUGAUCCAACAAAGCCACUACCUAUCACAUUCUUGUGGAUUGCAUUUCAGUACUUGUUCCUUGGAUCUGCUGAUAUUUUCACCUUGGGUGGGUUGAUGGAAUAUUACUUCUCAGAAGCACCAAUAAGGAUGAGAUCAUUGGCCACAUCUCUUUCAUGGGCCUCUUUGGCAAUGGGGUAUUACCUAAGUUCAGUGAUUGUGUCUGUAGUAAACAGUGUCACUGGAAAUGGCACCCACAAACCAUGGCUUUCUGGUGCCAACUUUAACCACUAUCACCUGCACAAGUUCUAUUGGCUCAUGUGUGUGCUAAGUGCCUUGAACUUCCUACAUUACCUGUUCUGGGCCACUAGAUACAAAUAUAGAGGGACAAGUACUAGUAAUUAAUGAAGGAAGCAUAAGGGAAUUUGCCAUA